CACACACACACACACACACACACACACACACACACACACACACGGACUUCCUCCCUUCCUCGGGUACACACAAACACGUCGUAGCCAUUUUUUUUGCUGUCGAUAAAAACGAACGAUGCCAUCAUUUGACACGCUGUUGAAGAAAACGCUGGAUUAACAACAACAACAACAACAACAACAAAAAGGUGCACAAGCAAAGCAUUGUGGGUGUUUUUUUUACAUUUUAUUUUCAUUUGGGGCUGUGAUCCUCCAUGGACGUCAACAUGAUGCCUGCGUCGUCUCCAUCUGUUUGGCCCGGAGAGGAGCGACCGUCCCUGCUGGACCAGGAAGACCCAGGGUAUAGCCAAGCCUCCACCGCCACGUCGUGCCCUCCCCUUGCCGUGGGGGAGCAGCUCCUCUGUGGCGUCAACCUCUCCAAAGACGAGCUGGUCAUCGUCAUCAAUGAGAAACUGAAGAGCAGUAACGGCGUCCACGCCUCCAACAGCACCUCCUCCCCCGUCAUCUCGUCGCCGCCCAGACGGCAGCACUCCAUCUCCUACCCCCAUCACGCCAAGACCAGGAAGGGCAGCAGGGCGAGCUCCAUCGGCUACACCGCUUUCUCCCCCAGGCCCUCGCUGUCGCGCCACUCCAGCAUCGCCACCAACCCCCCCUUGGACCGCACCAAGGUGAAGGACUACCUCCUGCUCUCCGUGCUGGCCUGCUUCUGCCCCGUGUGGCCCAUCAACAUUGUGGGAUUCGUCUACUCCAUCAUGUCUAAAAACAGUCUGGAGCAGGGCAACCUGGACGGCGCCGUGCGUCUGGGCCGUGUGGCUAAGAUGCUGUCCGUGGUGUCCCUAGUGGGCGGAACCAUCAUUAUCAUCGCCUGCAUUGUCAACCUGGCCAUCAAUGUGAAAACCUGAGUUUUCAUGCCAGGAUGAAACGAGAUGAUAAGGGCAGCUGCAUCCUGUCUGGCCCUCACCUGCACCGCCUGUCUUUUUACCACCUAGCUGUUACCUUGGAUGUGGGACUUUAACAUAAAAACAACAGCAACCAAACACAGCCACUGAUAUUUAUAUUCUUCUAAUCUUACAGAAGUCCCUUUUUUUCCGCUAAUCGAAGACAUUAUGCAAAAAUGCUGCUGAGUCACAAGGGAGGGAUGGGAAAUAGAAGGGUGAAGGAGGAUUGGUGGACUUUUUUGGACAUGGACUCAAGACGAGGAGGAGAAACCUUUACACUGCAUCUCACACACACGGAAAGACUCUACCCUCCUCCUCUUCAUCCUUUGAGAAGAAACGAUCGCUGUCACCUUGUUGAGACUGCCGUUCUCCCCGCCCGAGGAUAAAAAAGAGGCUUAAUGCUAAAAACGGAUUACAGAAGAGGAAAUAUGUGCCAAAAAAACAUCCCAAGUCUCAAUUGUUGUUGCAGGGUAAGAACACGCCAGAACGUUCCCAAAGUGUCAUUGCAGCACUGAGUCGUCGUACAGGAGGGAAACUGUAGCAACAGGACGCAACAUUAGGUACACCCACGGCAAGAAGUGUAUCAUGUUUAUUGUUAUUAUUAUGUGACACACCUUGUUACAUGAUGUCUUUGAAUAGGGCAGGUGUACCUAAUGUUUUGGCUUGAACCUUCAAAAUUUGUCGGUCACAGGUACAGGUUUUUGAUGUGUUGUGUGUGUGUGUGCGUGUGUGUGUGUGUGUUCUUGUAUUUCUACCCUUCUUGAGACAUCAACAAAGAAAAGUACCUUCCAUAUGAGGACCGGUGAACAAGUUAGGACAUCAAUCAUGGUCCCAAUACAGAAAAGCAUUGCAUCUAAUAGAGAAUGUCUCAUUUGCACCCCUGGUGGUGAAAUCUAUCAAGAUUAGGGUGGUCCCAAAAAGGAGGGAUUUCUCAAAUUGACUGUGUGUCAGGUGGCGACUUGUCCAGGGUGUACCCCGCCUUCCGCCCGAAUGCAGCUGAGAUAGGCUCCAGCACAGAGCCUAUCUCAGCAGCACGGACGGUUUUUAAAAGUGCUCCGCCUCCGGUCAACAUAUGAAAUAACAAGUGUGUGUAAAAAAUUUGAAGUGCUCCACCUCAGGCCAACAUAUGUAAUGACAAGUUUGUGUAAGGAAUUUAAAUGCACCCCCUUUGGCCAAAAUUUAUUUAAAGAAAAAAAAAGUUCUUAUAAAAUUGUGACUUUUGUCGAGUAAAAUUAGGACUCUUUUCAUAGAAUUGCCAAAACUUUAAGCUUUUCUUGUAAAACUGCGACUGUUAUUGAGUCACCUUCCAUCUUUUAUCAUAAUAUUGCACAAAUGUUCAGUUUUUCUUGUAAAAUGUUGACUUCCGUUGAGUAAAAUUACGACUUUUACUAUAAUACUGCCAAAAUUCUACGUUUUUCUUGUGAAAUUGUGACCUUUUUCUUGUGGGAUUCCAACUCAUUUUUCACAACAAGCUUUUUUAUAUUUGCAUAGUAUGUAUAUAUUAUUAAUGUUGUAAAUACAAAUCUUUGUAUAUCUUAGAAAGAGUGGUCUCAAGAAGGUAACAAAUACAAUACUUUGUGUGUGUGUGUGUGUGUGUGUGUGUGUGUGUGUGUGUGUUCUGGCAAUGCUUACUUAAUGGGGAUAUCGCUCUGUUUACACAGUCACCUUUAGGGGACCUCUGACGGUAUGGGGACAAAAAAACAGGUCCCCUAUAGGGAAACCUUUUUAAAUGAUAGUCAGAUCCAUUCUGAAGAUGCCUAAGUGAUUUUUAAGCUUUGGCCCAUAAAACAUGUUUACUGGUUAGUUUGAGUGUGAGACAUUUGCACAGCAACCCCCUCAUCGGGCUGUAGCUGGUACAUUUAAGUGGUGAAAUGUCCUAUAAGAGGACAGCUGUAGUGCUGUAUUCUGAGGAUCAUGUCAUAUUUAAUUUUAAUUUUUUUUUUUUUUUUUUUUAAAUGGUCCUCAGUAGUCACGUACAAAUUUGUGUGAAUUAUGCAAAAUUAUAGAAAUUUGGUCCCCAUGAACCAUAUUAACUCUUUUUCCCCAGGGACCCCAGUAAGAAUGAUCAGCACAGUACUUCAUCAAUCCAGAGAUUUAAAGACGUGUAUGAGCUAACUGGGCAGUGGCCUUUUUACCUCAUUUUUUUUAUGCCUCCACAACCUCUAGAAAAGGUGGUCCCCAUAAGUGAUGAUCAAAAACUUGGUCCCCAUUCCAAAUGAUAACCAGUAUGUGUGUGUGUGUGUGUGUGUGUGUGUGUGUGUGUGUGUGUGUGUGUGUGUGUGUGUGUGUGUGUGUGUGUGCGUGUGCGUGCGUGUGUGCCGGCUCUUGCUCUUUUUGUGGUCCCGUUUCAGUCUUUUACAAUAAUAUAGGGUUUGAUUUUCAAAGUUGCCAAUCAAAUUGCCUCAUGUGCUCCCAAACAACCGCAUGGAAGAGUGGUCAUGCAGGAGCCGGCCCUGGCUAUAAAGCGAAAGUUGUGGCCUGCAUUUUAAUGCUGCUGCUCGGUGACAAGGUAGCGCUUUUUAUGAAUUCAAAACAA